GACACCCAUUGACAAACUGCUAUUAUUCCAUAUUGUUUGAAAAACAUGAACUUUUUCUUUAUAGUAAACAAGCGAACAUUCUUAAUUGUUAUAAAAGGAAGUAUUAACAAUGGAAAGUGAAAGUCUAGAAGAAUAUUCAGUUAAUCAAAUAUCAAGCUCUAAUGAACCGGCAAGAGAUUUAAAUACAAGUUUAGACACUGAUGAAUGCUCGUAUCAAUAUCCUGAUUUGUUUACCGGCAAAACUUUGUUGGAAUUAUGUAAUUCAUCUUGGUCUCGUUCCCAAAAGGCACAAGAUGAUAUUCAACCUUAUCUUCGAGGGUGUAAAUGGUCUCCCGAUGGUACAUGCUGUCUAUCAGUUGUAAAUAAUGACGGAAUGCAUGUGACAGAAUUGCCUAGAGAUUUAUACUCUGGAUGUCCUACACCGAACCGGACUAUUGAUAUUUUGGAAUCUGCUGUACACAUGAAAGAAGCUGGUUUAGUCUAUGAUUUUUGUUGGUAUCCGGGUAUGAAUAGUGGUAUACCUGAAACUUGUUGCUGGCUUACAACUAUACAGAAUUCUCCUAUACAAAUGUGGGAUGCAUUUGAUGGUUCAUUAAGAUGCACUUACAGAGGAUUCAAUGCUGUUGAUGAAAUGGAGCCUGCUUUGUCCUUAACAUUUUCUCAAGAGGGCUCCAGAAUCAUAGCAGGAUACAAGAAGGUUAUAAGAACAUUUGAUGUUGAUAGGCCUGGUAGAGAUUUUGCUGAGCAUAAGGUGACAAGUCCAGCUUCCUGUUUUGCCACUAACAGCAAUUUACUUGCUGUUGGUUCUUGGAAUACCACCAUCAACUUGUAUAAUGUUAACGAGAUGGGUACAUAUAAAAGCAUCGGUAAAAUGCAUGGACAUGCAGGUGGAGUAACUCAUAUGAAAUUCACACCGGAUGGUAUAAGACUCGUUUCUGGGGCACGAAAAGACCACAGGUUUCUCGUGUGGGACAUAAGGUACUAUAGGAGACCUUUGAAUGUAUUGACAAGGGCCAUCAACACUAACCAAAGGAUAUAUUUUGAUAUAUCACCUUGUGGAAAAUAUUUGGUAACUGGAGGUACUGAUGGAGUGUUGAAGGUUUGGGAUGUAGACCGCGUCGAUUGGAAAAACAGUUUAGAUCCAAGUGAAGAUGAUGGUGAUAAUGUCACUUAUAAGUUCCCAUUGCACAAUGAUUGCUGUAAUAGUGUGUCUGUUCAUCCAUUGAGGCCUAUAUUAGCUACUGGGUCAGGACAGUAUCACUUCAAAGAUCCAUUAGUAGCUUUAGAAGAUGAAUCCAUACAGUUAAAUGGGACACUAGAUAAUAUAAAUAAUGGGACAUUAGAUAAUAUAAACAAUGGGACAGAUAUAAGUGACAAUGACCUACGAUAUUCACGUGAAGCAGAGAACAGUGUAGUAUUUUGGUGGAUUGGUGAUAUUUUGCAAGACAAUACUUAAUGUGAAUUUAAAGUCUAUAAAGUUAAUAAAGUGAUUGUUUAAUC